CUGGCGGGCGGGAGCGCGCGCACUCCCUCUUCCGGGGACACGGUGUGAACAAGGAGAGGCGGCUCGGCGCGGCUCCCUUGGACCAUGAAGACCUUUGGGGUUCUGCUCACUGCGCUCCUCCUCCUCCUAUGCGCGCUCGUGCCCCGCGGCGACUCGGCUCGCGGCCGGAAGGAGUCGGGCAGCCAGAACAGCUUCAGGCGUGCAGCGAGCGGCGUUUACCAGGCCCUGAGCGGCGUCUUCGGGGAGGAAACGAUCAGGACGCUCUACAAGUUCUUCACCAAGACCACGGAGCGCUUCGUCCAUGGCGUGGACCUCUUCCUGGACACCAUGUGGAAGAUCUGGACAGACCUGCUUGACGUCCUGGGAAUCGACUCAUCCAACCUCAGCCACUACUUCAGCCCUGCGUCAGUGGCGAACUCCCCAGCGCGUGCCUUGCUCCUGGUGGCUGCCGUGCUGCUGGCCUACUGGUUCCUGUCCCUCUCCUUGGGGGGCUUCUUCUACCUGCUGCACGCAGUCUUUGGGCGUUUCUUCUGGCUGGUGCGCGUAGCUCUGUUUGCCCUCUCUUGCCUCUACAUCCUGCAGAAGUUUGAGGGGGACCCUGAGAGAGCUGUGUUGCCCCUCUGCUUCAUCAUGGCUGUCUACUUCAUGACAGGUCCUGUGGGGGCCUAUUGGCGCCGGGGCAGUGGCAGCUCCUUGGAGGAGAAGAUUGACAACCUGGACACUCAGAUCCGUCUGCUCAACAUCCGCCUCAGCCGGAUCAUUGAUAGUCUGGAAUCCUCCAGUGACCAGUAGACCAGUUUGUCCAACCUCAAGCUUUAAUUGGGAUGAUGUGGGGUGAGGGUGGUGUGGGCUGGGGGAUGUGAGCUGGAUGAGAUGUGUGCACCAUCAUAUCGGGGUAGGGUUAGGGUUUGAAAAUAAGAAAAGAUACAUGGUAAUGGGGCAGUUGCAUUUGUUUUGGAACUUUCCAAACCAAGAUUUAGUAUCCAUGUGGAUCUUCAGUGUGGCAUCUGAGCUGAAGCAUGGUGAACAUGCGUGUCAAAGAAAGCAGAAGAACCUAAUUGAAAGUCUCAUGUCCAUCAGCCAUGGUCUCCAAGUUCUUAGUGGUGUGAAUGAGGGUACGGUAGAUGCGCAGGAGAGGUCCAUCCUGUGCUUGGUGCUCCCUCAGUGGAGACGGAAGUUGGGCAGUGUUCUUCACAUUGCUUGAACUUCAUGCAGCUUCCGUACUGAAGGCUUGCUUAGUGUCCAUUUGUUUCACUAUAGUAAAAACAAUAUAUUGAAUGCACAUUCUAGUAUGUAGUAUCAUCAUAUGCACUGUUUUUUCAGUUCUCCAUUCCCUCAAUUCUAUCUACAAUUUUGUUGUUUGAAUUGUUUAUUCCUGUGGGGGAAAAAAACGGGAAUUUUAGUGGGAAAUAUGAACUUAGUUAAGACGCCCC